CGACACCUCCAUGUUAACAUCUAUGACAGAGAUCGUCCAUUGCUGUAGUAGCACUUCGCUUCCUCGAACGCCAAGGAUAUCACCGGGGUCACCAGUUUAUUUUAAAACACUCCAAAUGCCACUUUUUGGGACAAUAAUUGACUUUGUGUUGAGUAAAGACCGACAGAUGUCGUGCAGCAGGUUUUUGUGACAGGGCGCUGCCGGUGAACGCUCUGGGCGUGUGUGAAGAUAACGCAACCAAGGGCUGGAUGUGUAAACUGUCAGGAACAGAUAAUGCUCAGUAACCGUCGACCCUGGGCUGCAACAAGUCAGUCUUUUUAACAGAGCCCAGUGUCAUGCAGUCAAGAGUGUGUCCAGAUACUCCACUGCUUACAGCACCGCUCGAUACAUUGGUCAUCUGACUUUAUACAGUAAGUUUCGGCAGAUAAUGAUUAGGUAGACGUAAACUUUGUUUUGGUCGUCUUCUCCAAAUGAAUGGGACAAUGUUGCGAAUGACACGAUUUACUGUACGGAAACUGCAACAAUGUAACAUCGCCUGCUGUCGGUCAGAUACAUUGUAUCAUUUGCCUAAUCGGACCUCAAGAACACAGUGGAAAAGGCAAGUGUGCAAGAACGGAUCGUUCGAUGUCCUUGUGUCACCCGUCUGUAAGGGAAGGAACAUGUCCUGGCUCUCUUGUCUCAGAACCAGAGGGUUGUUUCUACCCAAGAGAAUGUGGACACACUCCAGACACACGGUUGCUCUCUAUAGCACAUCUACGGCCUCCAAACAAACCGCAAAGUCUGUGGUAAAUCAGGAGAGUAAAGUUAAAACCUCGGAAACCCCGUUACGCGUUCCCUCGGAAGAUGUCAAGUUGCUGCAGCUGGCGUACCCUCAGCGAUGGAGACUGACGGCUGCCGUGGGGUUUUUGGUGAUCUCCAGCUCUGUCACUAUGUCUGCACCAUUUUUUCUGGGAAAAGUGAUCGACACAAUCUACACUAGCCCCCCAGAGGACUUCACCUCCUCCCUUACUUCCCUCUGUAUCAUGCUAACAGGGGUCUUCCUCUGCGGGGGCGCUGCAAAUGCUGCUCGUGUUUACCUCAUGCAAAUCUCAGGGCAACAGAUUGUGCGAAAGUUACGUGAAUCCCUUUUCUCCUCGAUUCUGAUGCAGGAGGUGGGAUUCUUUGAUAAGACCCGAACUGGUGAGCUCAUUAACCGUCUUUCGGCAGACACGACCAUCGUCGGGCGCUGCCUCACUGACAACCUGUCUGAUGGCCUGCGUUCCCUUGCCCAGGCAGGGGCCGGAGUUGGCAUGAUGUUAUAUGUGUCACCUAGUCUGGCAGCUUUUGUGCUGAUGGUUGUUCCUCCUAUUGCCUGCCUGGCUGUAAUUUUUGGUAAAUUUUUACGAUCCAUAUCAAGGCGCACACAGGAUGCGUUGGCAGAGGCCACACAGUUGGCUGAAGAGAGGAUCAGCAACAUACGGACAGUCCGGGCUUUUGGAAAAGAGCUGACGGAGGUGCAGAAGUACUCGGAAAAGGUUGACCAUAUUUUUGAACUGGCUAAGAAAGAGGCUGUGCUUUCUGCUGGAUUCUAUGGAGUGACAGGACUGAGUGGAAAUGUCAUCAUCCUGAGUGUGUUGUAUAAAGGAGGUCUGCUGAUGGCCAGUGAGGCCAUGACCAUUGGGCAACUCUCCUCUUUCUUAAUGUAUGCCUUCUGGGUGGGCAUCAGCAUCGCAGGUUUCAGCUCAUUCUACUCAGAGUUGAUGAAGGGGCUUGGUGCUGGUACUCGUCUAUGGGAACUCAUGGACAGAAAGCCUGAAUUUCCUCUCAAUGAGGGGCUUGUGUUAAAACCAGAGCAGUUAAAAGGAGAACUGGACUUUUGUAAUGUGUGUUUUGCUUACCCAACGAGGAAGGAUUCACCCAUCCUCCAAGAUCUAAAUCUGUCUGUGCCAGCGGGGUCAGUAAUGGCAGUAGUGGGAACCAGUGGUUCAGGCAAAUCCACACUGGUGUCACUGUUGCUCCGGCUCUAUGAUCCUGAUUCAGGUGUGGUCACUGUUGAUGGCUGGGAUAUACGAGACUUGAAUCCUUACUGGCUGAGGAGUCACAUCGGUACUGUAAGCCAGGAGCCAGUUCUUUUCUCCUGCUCUAUUGCUGAGAACAUCGCUUAUGGGGCGGCUGACCCAAGUCGGGUCACAGUAGAGGACAUCUACAGGGCAGCGCAGAUAGCCAAUGCUCAUGACUUCAUCCAGGAAUUCCCUAAGGGCUAUGAUACAGUGGUAGGAGAGAAGGGGGUAUUGCUGUCAGGUGGACAAAAACAAAGAGUCGCUAUAGCACGAGCCCUGCUGAAGAAUCCAAAGAUACUGUUAUUGGAUGAAGCCACAAGAAACGGAGUCUCCAGCUCUGAUUAA